AUGGGUCGAUUUCGUUCGGGCUACCGUCAGCCCUCAUCACUUCUGUAUGUGGGAAGCACUGCUGUCGGUGCAGCCAAGCGGCAUUUGAACCGCAUGGCAGUCUACAGAAGACUUCAAAGAACCGAAUUUGUGGAUGCAGAAUUGUCCCUGAGAUAUUGGGCAUCCCAACACAACCUUUUCCAGUUUGUGCUUGUUCCGCUGGAAUUUUGUGACAGCUACCAGCGAGCUUGGACUGUUGAGCACGAACUCAUUGCUCAAUGGCAGGCACCUUUGAAUUAUCCCAGAGCAAUGUCUCUCAUUAAGAAGACCGCUCUCGGUUUCCGAAUUUCGUCCAAACACAGAGGGUCAUUGUAUUGCACCUUUGGCCUCCGACUUUGGCGCAAACUGCGAAAGCGCAUGUUUGGUCGCAGUUCGAAAUUCUUCAUUCAUGACUCUCGGGAGUUAGCCUGGGGGCUUCUGUUUAAGCUGGCAUCGAGAACCCGAGCAUCCUUUGAAACAGCGAAGCUGCUCCGAUCCAACAAGACGGCUGACGAGGAAGUGUAUGCCCUCAUCAAACUCAGUCGCAAUAUCGAAAACCCUCAUCGCAACAGGGUGCAAGGAAUACUCAAAGGUGUAGCCAAGUUUCGCAAGAAGAUGCACUGGCCACGGACUUCCCGACCUUUGGGAGUCCUGCCAACUGCGUCUCCUUCGUUUUCCAAGGAGUGCGAGAAGUGGUUAAAAGACCUCAUCCUCCGGUACAAGUAUCUAUUUCCAUCUUUUCAUGUUCCAAAGAACAGCCUACGUGAAGUUCCGCACCUGAGUAUCAAGAAAUUUCUCCACAACUUCCGAUCUUGGGAAGAAACGAUGUGGGAGCACGACUUUGAUUUGGAGUCGGUGCACUGUCCGUGUGAGCAGUUUGCAGGAAAACUUCCUGCUCAUUGCUUCGUGUCUGGCCACGUAGCCACAGGUUUGGAGAACCUGACCAAGCUACUACCAGGCUGUUCGAGCAUCUUAUCGGCCAGUGCCGCGAGCACCUUUUUCCCAGGCCGCAAUCACUGGAUGGCCAAGUCCAGAGCUCUGUUUGAUCAGUGGCUCAAGAGACACAAGCUACCAGCGACGUUGCAUCCAAUUUUUCAAUCCUUUUGUGACCACCAGUGGCAGCAACAUGUUGCAGCCCUGGAACAAUCAGACAGACUACACUGGGCUUUGGUACAGAAGGUGAAGUCUGCCUUGCACUCAGAUUUUGUUCUGUACAACGAAGAUCAUCAUCCGAAUCAUGUCUUGUGCUAUUGUCCUCGCUUCUUCCUUCGAGGAGUUAGCACCACUUGGAACGAUCCCUCUGUGUUUCGUACUCUUGAUGGUACCCCUGAAGAAUGGAGACAGCGCAUUUUGGAGCGCGUUCCUCGAGAUCUGUCCAGAAGAUACGCCUGGGCCUUCAAAGAAACAGCUCCGCUGCCUCAAGGCACUGUGUUCCUGAAACGGAAGAAACAGUUUGCCAAGGGACGGACCAUCAUUUCGUAUUCCAAUUCGUUGUGCAGCAAGCUAUUGGAGCUGACCUCCAUUGCGUUAACCUUAAUGGUCAAGACGCUGUUUGCUGACAGCCCAGGCAUGCAGAGCAUGCCACAGCUCUGGAGGUCUCUUCAUGCUUAUUGGGCGAAGCCCAGCCAAGAGGAAGACGUCGAAUGGAACGACGAUCUCGUGGGAUUUUUCAAUGCAGUUCCCCGAAAAGACAUCAUGCACGCAGUGCAUUUGAUUGUCCAAGAAUACUGCCAAACUUCUGGCUGUUCGAUCCUCUCGAUCGAUAUGUUGUCAAAAACGGGACACCCGGGCAAACCUCGGGGGAGAACGAAAUCAAACUUAAAGAGGUGUUGGGUUUCUGAUGUUCCGCUGAUUGUGGAUCUAUCCUUCGCCACGGGAGUUUUUACAGCUGCUGGAAAGUGCAGGCAGCAAGUGGAGGGGACGUGUAUAGGCAAUCAAAUAUCGCCGAUCCUCUCCGGACUUCCUGUACUCCUGGCCGAGCGGCAGUUUUUGCAGUCUUUGCCGACGGCCAUCCAAUCGUCUUUCUUGUUUCUCCGUUACGUCGAUAACAGACUGAUUCUGGGACCUCAGAAAAUUCUACUGUCGUCCCAACUCCGGAGAUUCUGCGAUCCUAACUUUUAUGAUGGGAUUCAGUUGGAAACUGUGUCAGACCAUCAAUGGUUGGGUUUGACCAUUUGCGCCAAGACUCGCUCAGCAACUUUUAAUCUCCCGGAGCAACCAUGGCAGAUCCGCUCGCCCAACAGCGCUGGAUCGUGGCAGCUGGCAGCCUCGGGAUACUUUUCUCGAGCAUCUUUGAUUCGCCAGUACUCCUGGCCCCCCGAGUCAAGACCGGGACAACUUCGCAGACUCAAGCAACUGUAUGUACAGGAAUAUUUCAACCCAGAGCCAUGGCCCAGCAAUACCAUUUUCACUUCUACGGAGGACCCCCUGGAGUGCAGACUUCAAGCGGACCGCAACCUCCGGUUACAAUUCUUUCGACUCCUCAGGAAGCUAGCAGAGCUCGGUCGGUUUCGGUACACCCACCACCUCGAGCUCCGCUUCCAAUUCAACUCACACCGGGGGAGCCGGCCAAGUCUACUCACCCCAGCCGUGAGCGUCAUGAUCGCAGUCGCUCGAGACGACGACGGCGUCGACAUCAUCGGCAUGAACGUCACCCUGAGGGACCUCCCGCGGCCCCAGUUCGACCAGUUCUGCCUCCCCCUCAGCCUCCUACUCGACCACCAACAAGGCCCGAUUUUGGAGAACAAGGAGCCUGUCGCGGCAGCUGUCUCACCGGAGUUUCACAAGAACACGUCGCCCAAGACACCUCCCAAGAAUCCGGCUCCAAAGAGCCCAGUUCCUCCUGCUCAAUCCGGUUUGAUUUCUGUUGAUGAGGAACAGCUAUUUCAUGCUGCUCAUCGCAGCAGCUAUGAACAACUGCGAGAGCAAAUCACAGCUCGAGCCAAAGGCCGCAAUGCUGUCGAUUUCUAUGAGGAGGGAAUGAGUUCUCUCUUGGCGUAUAUGUUCUUUGUUUUGCAUUAUCAUGAGAAUUUUCUCACAACUGAAGGCUUGCAUACGUGGCCUAUUAUCCCACAUUCUCAUAUGCGAAGAUUCACUGAUCGCAUCACUUUUACUCGGCAACGUUCAUUGCCAGUUUCCAAAAUCCUCAAAGAGGAUGUUGAGGAUGUGCUGAAAUUUUUGUUGACCCGAUUUGGCCAGGCAGACCGACCUUUUCUGCCUGUGAUUCCUAUUGGCCAACGGGAGAUUGUCACUCUUGCCCGGUCCAUUUUGGCCAGCAAGAUACCAUAUAAGGCAAUUUUUCAGCAUGAUGCCAAGGCGUAUGCCAUGCCCCAAGAAGCAUUGCAUGUUUGGGAGUUUCCAGUGGCACAUAUGCCAGGACCUGAAGAGCAGACCAACUGCUAUUAUCUUUGGGGACACGGGACCACGGCCGAAGGCCUGGUCGGCAUCCUCACGUUGGGCAGGGUCAUUCGCUCUAGCGCCGAAGCUGUACAUGUGGCGCCGCACGAUCAUGUGUGCUCCUUUUAUGGCAAAGCCACACAAAACGUGUACUAUGAAGAGAGCAAGUUAGACUUCGUGUCAAAACUGCACCACUCCACGAAGAAUUCCGCAGGAGUGGUCGUUGGAGGAUAUCUUGGAUCUGCGCAUCACAAAUCCAAAUCCUCCAGUACUGUACAUGAAGGACACUUGUGCAAGUUCCACCCGCUUGUACACUCCCCUUCAGGAGAUAAGCGCUGGGCGGUACGUGAAGCCGCAGGGCGCAUCGACAAAAUUUGGAUUUUGUCAAGCACCCACUCCAUUACGUUGCCGAUGUCCACCCCCAACAAUCCCCGGCCGAUUACUUUUGAAACGGGGGAAGGACAGGAUUGGGGAGUCAGCUGGCCGGGCUUGGAGUACUCUGUACGAAGCACCGAAGCUUUACCGGUAUCCGAUGUACAGAGAGAGGCUUAA